AUGUCCUCAGUCUCCGUUACAGAAUCAGCAGAUUGCCUUCAAGUCCAAGGACAUGUCCAAUAUGAUACCCCAGAUCAUAUCACCCCAUCAAAUGUCCACACAUCUCCCCUAGAGCAAUUUCAUAUCUGGUUCAACCAAGCCCGUGAAGCCAAUGUCCGCGAACCAGAUGCCAUGACCCUCUCCACAGCAACAGCGUCGGGUAUACCUUCUUCGCGCAUGGUGCUCUUCAAGCAGCUAGACAAGCAGGGCUUUGUUUUCUAUACUAACUAUACUUCUCGCAAGUCUCGAGAACUGGAAGAGAACCCUCAAGCUGCCCUGCUUUUCUUUUGGCGUGAGAUGUCUAGGCAGGUGAGGGUGCUUGGCAGGGUUGAGAAGUUGUCGAAAGAGGAGAGCGAAGAGUACUUCAAAUCCCGUCCUGUCGGCACUCGUUUGGGUGCGUGGGCAAGUCAUCAGAGCAACGUGAUUGGGGAAGAUUACCUGGCCAACCGAUUGGCGGAGGUCCAGGAACGAUUUGGAGUGCAGGCAUCUGACAAAGAAGGCGACGUCCCAUUACCUGAUUUCUGGGGUGGAUGGAGGAUAAUCCCCAGCGAAGUCGAAUUUUGGCUUGGAAAGCCUUCACGGCUUCAUGACCGUGUGCGAUAUCUUCGCGUAGAGGGUUCGCCCGAUGACCAACCACGGUGGACGAUAGAUAGAUUGUCCCCGUAA